AUGCUUUGGCACGAGAAUGCAGGUUAUCACGGAACCACCAUGAGCCAGAAAGACCCAUCUCUGGGGCGAGAAUAUACCAAAGGUAAAUUCCAAGAGCCAAUAUAUAGCAGUAUUCGUCGAAUGGUCGUGAUCAAGGAGCAGAAAGGCUGCUGCCGGUCUCGCAGUCCCGUCACCACAUAUAGUGGGCAAGGCGUGGCAAAAGCCGGAGUUGACCGCAGCAAGCAUACAAUCAUCUAUACGCGUGGUAGUCAGCCGAUAACCAGACAAAAUGAGCCCAUGAUUAAAGAGCCGCUAGAGGUUGAGCCGGCUAGAGCUGAUCAGAAGUUGGACCCAAUGUCCCGAUUGAAUUUUGGCAAAGUCUACACUGUCGAGCAUAACGUCAAGGUCUUGCCAGUUGGUCAAAUCACAAAGGACUCAUUGCACAAUUUUAAUGCAUACACUAGGGCCGAACUUAGUAAGUAG